AUGGAGAGAGGCAGCUCGUCUCGCCAUGACCGCGAGUAUCGGAGCGGAGACAGGGACAAGGACAGAGAAAGAGAGAGGGACAGGGAUGGUAGAAGAUCGCAUCGUUACGACGAAGAGGACAGGAGGACGAGUAAGCGGAGGAGCUACGACAGUGAGGAUGAGGAGGAAGAGAGGCGGAGAAGGAGACGCAGAGAGUCUCGCGAUGCCAGCGACUCGGAGGACGACCGCGAGCGGAGGCAUCGGAGGAAGAAGGAAAAAAGCACCAGUCACAACAGAAGAGAGACUUCAGAGGAAAGAGCGAUCCGCAAAGAGGCAAAGAAAAGCUCUAAAAAGAGCCAUCGAAACGCUGAAGAUGAAGCCGAGAAGCGAGCAAAAGCGGCCGAGACGCUCUACUAUGCCGCCGAUGCCAAUCCGUUUAACGACGACAACAUCUCCCAAAAAUUCCGAUGGGGCAAGAAGGAGGAGAGGGAGCGCAAGAUGGGCUUGACACCAGGGGAGGCAAGACGGAGGGACGAGGAUCGGAGGAGAGAGGCAGAAGAAGAGAUCAAAAGAUUGAUCCAAAAGAGAGUGGAGAGGGAAAAGGAGCAAGCCAUCAAGGAGGAGGAAGAGGGAAGGAAAGCCAGGAUGGCAGAGAGCGCCGCUAUGAGCGAAUGGGUGGCAAAGGAGGACGACUUCUACCUCGAACAGUCUAGACGAAGGGCAGUCAUCCGCGUUCGUGAGCAGCGGGCCAAGCCGAUCGACAUUCUCGCCAUCAAUCUCAAAUGGGUCGAUCCUCAUCGAGGCAGACGUCGAGCCAAAGUGACACAAGAAGAUGGCGAGGAGAAAGAAGUCGUCCAUCCAGCUGAUGAAGACGACGAAGAGAACGACGCGAGCCUCGAAAUCGAUCUCGAGGAGCCGUACUUGAUCUUCGAAAGUCUCGGCUUGGAAGACACCGAAGAGCUGGAAAAUGACAUCCAGAUGUACCUGUCGCUGGAGAAGGACGAGCAAAACCUCGAUUUCUGGCGGGCGAUGGUUGUCGUCUGCGAAGAAAGACUAUCGGAGCUUCGCGAAGAAGCUGGGCAGGCCUCGACAGCGCCAGGAAUCCGUUCCCGCUUGGAACCCAGCGUCAAGGCCGACAUGAGUGAGAUGCUUUCUACAAAGAGCUACGACGAGCUUGUCAAGCUCCAAGGCCAAGUCCGCGGCAAGCUUCAGAGCGGCGAGCCUGUCGAUGUCGAGUACUGGGAAGCGCUGCUGAAGAGCAUCCUCGUGUGGCGCGCCAAGGCGAAGCUGCGCGACAUGCACGAGGUAGUCAUUAGCAACCGGCUCGAGUACCUCAAACGGAGACAGAAGGAGGAUGCCGCCCGCCGAGAGGCUCUGGGCCUCCCAUCUGCCGAAGAGGAGAAGGCACAGCGAGAGCAGGAACGCAGAAAGAGGCUCGAAGCAGCCGCCAGCAGCACCAUUGAGGUCGAAGGAAGCGGCGAGCCCGAUGGCCUCGGCAUGUUCGAGACAGAAGCGGGCAAAGACCUCGACGAGGACGAGGACGUGUUCAAUGUCGCAGAAGAUCUCGGCCGGAGAGAGACGUACGACUGGGAAGACAAGUUCAGACCGAGAAAGCCAAGAUACUUUAACAGGGUCCACACUGGCUAUGAGUGGAAUAAGUACAACCAGACGCACUACGACACCGACAACCCACCUCCCAAGGUCGUCCAGGGCUACAAAUUUAACAUCUUUUACCCUGAUCUCAUCGACAAGUCGAAGCCGCCCACAUAUCGCAUCAUCAACGAGCGCGGAAACGAUGAAACGUCGCUCAUUGUCUUUGAAGCUGGCCCUCCGUACGAAACGAUCGGCUUCCGCAUCGUCAAGAAGCCAUGGAACAUGUCGCACCGACGCGGCUUCCGGGCAAGCUUCGAGAGGGGCGUCUUGCAGCUGCAUUUCAACUUCCAGCGACAAUUCUACCGCAAGUGA